AUGAAUCUGGCACCUUCCGAUGCCUGGUCAUAUAACAGGAUACCUUUGUCUCUGCUGCAGGAGACAGUUGAGACAUUUCGAGAAGUAGCCGAGCUUCUAAAACGGUCGGAGACAACCCCCCGGGCGCAUUUCUACACUCAUCUAUGGGCCCAUUAUAUCCUCAUUCGCGAGCAUCUACAUCGCAUUGAAUUUGUUGUUGAAGAGGACAACCCGCAUGUGGUUCAAAUUUUGAAUAUCCUAGAGACGAGGGUCCAGGCCGAAAUACUCUCGCAGGGAACAGCUUUACGAAAAUUUCCCGGUCGCAGAUACAAUCGACUACUGUUGCUAAGCAAGCUAUGGCAAGAAAUCAAGGCUCAUAACACAGACGCGAAGUUUGAAUUUGUCAAGAAAUAUAUCGACCUACAACCAGAUCGUGAAAGCUCCAACGAAUUUGUCGAGUAUUUGGAGGAGUGGGAAAACAUUAUUGUGGCGCAAUAUCCCGAGAAUUCCUCGAAUCAGUCCCGUCGUCAAUCUGGAUCUCGAAGACGAAAGAGAAGGAACCCCUCGGACGAUGUAUGGGAUGCAGCUGAGUCUCUUUUCGAUGCUCUUCUACGGUCAAAGGAUUGUGGGUGUCGUCCCGUACAUGACUUCGCCAGCAGCCUGAAUUGUGACACGGAUGAACAAGAUCCCGAUGACAUAGAUCCCGAUGAUCUUCUGGUUCAUCAGUGUCCAACUCUUGUUUCUUUAGGUGUUAUGUUGCUGGAAUUGUUCUUGGCAACACCUUUUGAAAUCUUGGCCCAGCAAUCUGGUGUGUAUCCUGCUAAUCGUAUGAAUUUCACCGAUGCGGAUACAGUGUUUCAGAACUACAAAGCCGAGAUUCCUCGGAAUUCUCAAUUCUACUAUGCAGUAGAGAAAUGCCUUGACCCGAGUCAACCGAUCCAAAGAGAGCAAGAGGAACCCUAUUCCACAAAUUCGCAACGUGAACAUACUCACCAACCCUCACAUUCCUAUCCUAAUGCCGAUGAUGCCGAUGACAAAACAUUGGAACUUUUUGGCGAUGAAAAUAUUUCGGAUAUACAUACUACUGAAGCAUGCCGUAACUAUGAAAUUUGGGAAUCAAGGUAUAGGGCAGUUUAUGAAAAAUUCAUCAAGAAUCCUCCCGACAACCCCGUCAAGAUUGCGAUUCUUGAUACUGGUGUUGAUGAGACACAUCCUGAUAUCGACGCAUGUGGUGAGCAGAUCAAGGGCAGGCACAACUGGACCGAUGGACCCCCCGAUAAACGGGUGAAUGACAACACGGGACACGGUACCUUUGUUGCAGCUCUGCUGUUAAAAUAUGCAACAGAUGCUGAGGUCUACAUUGCUAAGGCAAUUGACUAUGCGGUCAAUGAAUGGAAGGUCGAUAUUAUCACCAUGUCGUUUGGCUUUUCUACUAGAGAGAUUGAUGGAUACAGUGAGCUGGAAAACGCAAUUGACCGGGCACACUUCAAAAAUGUGCUGUUACUUGCUGCCGCUUCAAAUAGCGGUGCGAACAAUGAUCGAGCAUACCCAGCCGGGGAAGAAAAGGUUAUAUGUGUUCACUCCACCGAUUCCAACGGAAAUCGGUCACAUUUUAGCCCUACUGCCCGUGCAGAUGCAAUCAAUAUUGGAACAAUUGGCGAGGCAGUCACCUCUGCCUGGCCUAUGCAUCUGAGCUCCAGUUUGACUCUGCCGGUAAAGCAAAAGUCCGGCACAUCUUUUUCGACGGCUAUAGCGGCAGGUAUCAUUGGAUUUCUGCUACAGUAUGUAAGGCUGUAUAUGCCAGGGCACGCAGAAAAGAUGAAACGAAAGGCAAAGAUGGAAGCUGUUCUCCGAAAAAUCGCUCAGAAGACCGCAUCUUCUAGACCAAGAGAUGACUACCACUACUUCUCCUUGAGCCAACACCCAAGUAAUCUCUUUGGGAAACAACAAUAUUUUGUUAAUGACACUCUUCGUGAUAUACUUGACCAUGCUUAG